AUGUCUAAUAACAUUGAAAUUAAAGUCACUAAAAAUUCAGAUGAGCAGAUUAAUUGGAUUGAGGAUGCUAUUUCAAAAAAUUACUUUAAAUAUUACGAAUACAACCAUUUUAGAAAUAUUCAAGAAAUUGGUUUUGGAAGUUUUGAAAAAGUUUGUCGUGCAAACUGGAAAGGUUCUAAUAAAUAUUUAACGUUGAAAUCUUUUUCUAAUAUAAACAAUGUCACAGUCAAAGAAACUGUUAAUGAACUUAAACUUCUAUAUGAAAUGAAUUUUCAUGAAAAUAUUAUUCGCUUUUGUGGUAUUACUAUAAAAAACCAAGAUGAUAAUUCAAAAAAAUAUUUGUUAGUAAUGGAAUACGCUGACAGUGGUACCCUACGAAACUAUUUAAAAGAACAUUUUGAUAGUCUAGAUUGGAGCAAUAAAUUAAAUAUUGCACUUCAACUAGCUAGUGCUGUAUCAUAUUUACAUGAUAAAGGAAUUGUACAUCAUAAUCUGCACUCGAACAAUGUUUUAGUUCAUCAAGGUAUUGCCAAAUUAACAGACUUUAGAUUAUCAAAAAGAAGCGAAGAAUUAUCUAAUAUUCAAUCAAAAUUAUUUGAUAUGAUUGCUUAUGUUGAUCCAAAAUUAAUUGAACAAAAAAGAAUCAAUAAUCACCAAACACAAUCAUACUCAUUAAAUAAAAAGAGCAAUAUUUAUAGCAUUGGCGUACUGUUAUGGGAAAUAUCUAGUGGUCAACCACCUUUUUGUAAUGAACCAACCGAUAUAUCAAAUAUUGGUUUGGAUUUGAGAAUUUUACAGGGACUUAGAGAAAAACCUGUCGUUAAUACCCCUGAAGAUUAUAUAAAAAUUUAUACUGAUUGUUGGAAUGACGAACCGAAUAAUCGUCCAAUUAUCAAUGAAGUUAUUGUUAAAUUAAAAUCAAUUAUUUCAAAUCAAUUAUCAAGUGAACAAGCACUCAAUAAUUUGUCACAUGGUAUCAAAUUAUCUCAAAUUAUUCAAAAUUUUAUUAGAAUAAAUAAUAAAGAAAUAGAACCUCCAAUGUUAUUGAACGAAGAUGAUUUUAGUAUAGUGGUUGACGAAAUAGUUGUUCUUAUUGAUAAUAUAGAAAGAGAAAGAGAAAAGCAGGAAGUCCUCAAUUAUCUUAAUUAUUGUAAUAUUAAUUCACAAGAAAUUUAUUAUUGGUUGUUAAAUAAUCAAACUAAUUCAAAUUCUCUUGUUUUACUUGGAGAUUUUAGUCGUUUAGGGAUUGAAAUCAAUAAUAAACAAAAAGCAUUUGAAUCAUAUCAAAAGGCUGCAAAUUUAGAUAAUCCAUACGGAAUAAAUGGUUUAGCAAAUUGUUAUGAAGAUGGAAUUGGAACUAGUUUUGAUAAACACAAGGCAUUUGAAUUAUAUCAGAAGGCUGCAGAUUUCGGUAGUGCAAGUGGAAUAAAUAAUCUAGGUUAUUGUUAUGAUAUUGGAAUUGGAACUAUUAUUAAUAAACAAAAAGCAUUUGAAUUAUAUAAAGAGUCAGCAAAUUUAGGAUAUAGAAUAGCUCAAUAUAAUCUUGCUUUUAUGUAUGAAAAUGAAGAAGAUGUGAAAGAUAUUAAUCAAGCAAUUUACUGGUAUGAAAAAUGUGCAGAACAAGGAGAUCAAGAUGCUCAAAAUAAAUUAGCAGAAAUUUUAUAAUGUUUAUAUGUAUAAUUAAUAUUUUAUUGAUUUUUUAUUAGGAUAUAUUUUAUUGACUUUAUUGACAUACAAGUAAAAUAGAAAUUUCAU